UAUCUAUCUAGGAGGUCCCCAGCAAAAUGAGGUGAUUUUUGAAAGUUGGAUUAACAGAGCAAGAGAUAGGGUUAGCCAUUUUGCUUGAUGUCAGUGUCUAAUGUCUCAGAGGCGAUUCCUUGACAUAAAAAAACAGGGAAGCCCUCAGCUUGUUAACUAAGGAUUGGUGUUAGGUUAGGUAGUAAACUAGAUUUGCUAAGAUCAGCCAACCUAAGAUGUGACACUAUGCAUACUCAACUCUUAACCAUCUUCGAAAGAUGGUUGUCUUUUCAACAUAGACAACCCCUAGCACACACUAUAUCUAAGUACAGUAAGGGAGAACUGUUUGCUUAGGUGAUUAGUUAAAUAAGUCAUUUUGCCAUGCUCAAAUAAACUUCUUCCUUGAAACUGUGUAAGCUUAUGCAAAAAAAAUCUUUUGGGCCUCAUGUGCAUCACUUGAAAUUUGACAUUGUUGUUAGCACACACACACACUAACCGGUAAAAACGUGACUUAUGGGCCAAAGCUAAAAACCACACAGGCACCUUCAGAAGGUACCUAGCAUUAAUUUAGAAGAGUUUCUCUUUAGGGGACCUGUUUUGUUGUUGUUGUUGUUGUUGUUGUCCCCAUACCGUUAGAGGUCCCCAUGACGUGACUGUGAAAACAAUUCUCUGUCCCCAUAACCAUACCACCACCAGUGCACGCACACACACACGGACUGGACUGGUCACUUAUCUAGUAGCUAAUGUUACUUUCUCAAAUUCAUAUUUUUUCUAAUGUUAGCUGAAAUAUUAAGUAUUUCUGUCCAUCUACCUUCUACAAACCAUAAUGUUCUGUCCUGCCGGUAGAUGGGGAUAUUCAGAGUCCCAGACGAGUAUUAAAGAGUCCUGGAAAAACUUUGGGACCACCCCUGGUAGUCCGUGAGAGGUUUGCUAUUGGUCUGGCAGUGAGUGGGGUGUCAUAUGUCCCACGGAGCGGUGAACGGAGCCUACUUCUCCCGGAGAAAAGUUAGAUUUUCCUGCAGGAGGUGGAACUGAAAUAUUUCUUUUCAUCGUGUAGACAAGUGGAUACGUAAUAUUUAGUUUCAAAUGAGUGGUGAGGUGCAGAAGAAAGGUUCAGGAGAAGUUUUCGUGGACCUCGCUGGGUUUCAGGGUGGUACUCACUGUUUGUUUUUAGCACCAGAAGUCACUAAAAACGGACAAUGUCGCAGUCUGAACAGAUAGAAAACGCGGAGCAGCCAGCGUUAAGCUCGGAGCAUGAACAAAACGGACUCUUGGUGAACCCGAGAGCGGUGUGUAACGCGUGUAGACGCUUGUACCGGGACCCUAAAAUCCUCCCCUGCUUGCACACCUUCUGCUCCGACUGUAUCGGCCAGCUGGAGCCCUUCUCUGUGUCCCCGCGGUGCAGGCGAGACAGUCCGGCUGAUGCCCGGGGCCAGGGGGAGCAGGAGGACCGACUCGCCGUCACCGUCACGGUGCUAUGUCCCGACUGUGACUCUGAGGUCGACAUUCCUCCGUCGGGAGCGCAGGGGCUGAGCACUGACCACCUGGCGCUAGACGAAGUGUUUCUGGAGACCCUGGUGACGGACGGCCCGCUGGGAUGCGACCUGUGCGGCGAAGGAGUAGCAGAGAGCCGCUGCGAGGUCUGCUGUGUCAACCUGUGCGAGUUCUGCUGCCAGGCGCACAGGCGGCAGAAGCGAACAGCAUCUCACUCCAUUCAGUGUCUGGAGGAGCUCAAGUCUCGUGGACGUCUUAGCCGGCCCGUCCUCUGCUCUCUCCACCACGGCCAGGAGCUCCGACUCUUCUGUCAGCCCUGCGACCUCCCCGUCUGCCUCGAGUGUGCCGCCACGCUGCACCGUGACCACCGCUGCUGUCCCACCCGUGACGUUAUCGAUCGCCACGGAGACCGCAUCCGUGAGCUGGUCACAGUGUGCCUGCGACCUCGCCUGGAGCGUCUGAGGGACUCACUGCAGAAGGUGGAAGCAUCCCAGGAGGCUUUGCAGGCUCGGGUUGAUGCAACAGCGAAGGAGGUGAGGGAGUUUGCGCGAGGCUAUGCCAGCGCUGUGGAAGCCCACUGCCUGUCUCUGCUGCAUCAACUGGAGGAGCUCCGUGUCCAACGCAGGAACCAGCUCCACCUGCAGAAGGCACAGCUGCAGCAGGCUCUGUUGGACAUCGGAGGCAGUGUGGAGUUUGCGGAGAGACUCCUGAGCAGCGGCUCAGACGCAGAGAUCCUCAGCGCCAAAGGCGUGACCCUCAGGAGGCUGACCAGCCUGGUAGAGAACAGCCGUGAACCGCACCCGGCAACCGUCGCCCCUGACGAUGGCAGCGGCAUCAGCUUCUUGCCCAGGGAGUCAGCAGGGGAGGUGGAGGGCUACCCGGUGGUUGGGAUCAUCAACUCUAAGACAAUGGACCUCAGCAAGUGCACCAUCGAAGGGGAAGGUCUACAGAGGGCCAGGGAGGGCCAGCAGGGCCAUUUCACCCUAGUGUGCCGAGACUCAGCCGGGGAGCAGAUGGCACAAGGCGGAGAUCAUGUCCUGGUCAGCAUCGUUCACAAGGAGAAGAAAAGCUGCACAGUGGAGACGUCAGUGGUUGACAACAGCGAUGGAUCCUACAGCGUUUCAUACACACCUAAAGAGCCCGGAACUUAUUCAGUGUGGGUUUGUGUCAAAGCCCAACAUGUCAAGGGCUCUCCGUUCAUGCUCAACGUGAAGAGGAAGUUCAGGCGUCACAGCGGGACGUUUCACUGCUGCUCCUUCUGCUCCAGCGGAGGAUCCAAAGAGGCUCGCUGUGGCUGCCCAGGAACCAUGCCAGGAGGAUUUAAAGGUUGCGGUCACAGUCAUAAAGGACACCCAGGGAAGCCUCACUGGUCUUGUUGUGGCAGCACCGUGGAGCAGUCUGAGUGCCUGCCUCAGAGCGUGUUGACUGCAGUUUCCCCCCGCGGCCACCUGCGAACCGUGGAGCUCUGAGGUCGCACAGAGAUGGGAACUGUCGAGGUGAUGCAAGUUAAUAACGGAUGGCAGCAGCCAAAAGGUUAGAGCAGCUGGGGGGAGUGAGCUCAGGGUUGUCAGUGUGAAUCCUUGAUGAGGUCGGGCGAGGAAAGUGAAGUUCUAGUGACUCAGGCAGGACAUCAAAGUCACUGUCUCAGGAGGGCUCGUCUCUGCCAGGCCCAGUUGUAAAUCUCAAUCUUACCGUGCCACUUUGCACUACCCAUGACGAGAUCCAGGAGAAAGAAAGUGAAAUUCUCAACAGCAUGUUUGUCCUCCUACGUCAAAUGAGUUCAAAGAUUUGUUAAAGGUAGCCUUACAUAAGAGAUGUGCCUCUUCCUUCACCAGCCAUCUUUUUAAAACCUCGACACUGUUCUAAAUUUCAAAGGUCAUGUUUUGUUUAUAUCUUAAAUGUAAAACACAUAGGAACAUUGAGAAUCACUAGACUGCUGAACUUUAAUACUUUUAUAUCUUUUAUAUCCUUCAGUCAAGGAAAAUAUCUUUUGAAAUGUAGUGCCUCAAAAGCAAUCGCAACGCUGAAUGAUACAGACAACAAUCCACACUGAUCAUUGUUCUCACAGAGAUCCUGACAUCAUCAUGUUUAUGUUCAGCGUUUACACUGUUAUGAGUGAUGAUUUUAUUUUAGAAGAUGAAGUACAGUAAUUACAGUCAAUCAAGUCAGUAAUUAUGCAGGUACUAGUUGUACAAAAUAUAUAAAUAAUCAAAUGUAAGGGACCCUUCUCAUCAUGUUUGUUUUGAGAUAUGAUGGUACAGUAAAAAGAAAUACAUUUACUAUGUAUUCACAAUAUUUACUACAGUUUGUUUGUACACUGUUAUAAGCGUAGCUACUAAUGAGCACAAACUGAGUUAAUUAUGCGUUGAUCAGCACAUUUUCCCAAUAAAUGCCAAGUUAUUACUGUACUAUUAUUACUUAUUAUUGAUUUAUGCUCAUUUCAGUUUUAAUUCUGGAACAAUAAUCAUCCAGUAAGUGAUAAUUGUGUUUUAUAGAAGUGUUUACUCACAAAUACUACAUAUAUAUAUUUGCAUACAUACAUAUAUUUUGGUGUUUGUGAAGACUACUCUUUGAGCUGAAUCAAGACGUGUGGUUGUAAAGUCACCCUGGAUUUGAUGCUGUUCAUAGUGUGAUGUGUUUUUCUAAACCACGUUUGGGUUUUGCUCUGUGCACAUGAACACUUCACACGUCAGCCUUGAGUGCCUAUUCUUGUUUUAAAUAAGAAAAAAGUCCAUCAGAUGUGCACAGAAUUGUGUUUUUCCUUCAUUAGUAACCUAACUCCACUGUGCCUUCUGGGGAAGAGGGCUGUAUUUGGAAAACACUGUGACCUAGAAGGUGCAGUCAGCCUUCUCUUAGAAUAUAAAGUUGUUCCCCUCCAGAGGCUGCAUCACAAGACUGACUUAAAACCACAAACCUGGAACUCAUUAUGAGCCACUUAAUGCCUCUGUGUAUUUUCUGCUUAUCAUGCGUGUGAGUUUUAUUUUAUUUUACCUUACAGGAUCUGCUGAUUGUAAAGAUGAAUAUAAAAAAGCAAAUAUGCAAAUACUUGACAUGAGGACUAAUGUUGAUUUGUGGUCCAAGAUCUCUUCUCUAACAGUGGGAGUAUGAUUCUGCUGUUCACACUGUUACGCAGUACUUUGUUCUGCUUCAUGACUUUCUACUGAAGCAUUUAAGCCUGUACAAUCGAAAUAAACCCACUUAUUCCUCA